AAGGGGGAAGGAGAAGAAAACCCAAUAUAUACUGUAAAAAGCGCGCUUUGUGGGUCACACCCUACUGGAUACAACUACUCCUACUUCACUUCUGCUACUGCUGCUGCUAUUCAUAUCAUUGCAGCCCAAUAAUUUUCUUUUCAUUUCCUUUCUUUCUUCAACUUUUGUUUGAUUUGGUUCUUGUUUCAAGUUUUUAUUAAGAACCCUUAUGAUUUCACACAAAAAUGUGGCCAACGCCGUUGGUGGCAAAACGGCAAGAGCUUGUGAUAGUUGUAUUAGAAAACGGGCAAGAUGGUAUUGUGCAGCUGAUGAUGCAUUUCUUUGCCAAGCUUGUGAUUCUUCCGUUCAUUCUGCUAAUUCAUUAGCCCGUCGACAUGAAAGGGUUCGUUUAAAAACUGCUUCUUUAAAAUCUUUGAAUCUAUUUUCCAAAGAGAGUACUAGUUGUGUUCCUUCUUGGCAUCAAGGGUUCACCAGAAAGGCAAGAACACCACGUCAUGGAAAGUCGGUGAAUUUCAUUUCAAAGAAUGAAGAGAAAAUAAGAAAUCAUAUUCCAUUUGUGCCUGAAUUAGGUUCAGAUGAAACAUCUAAUGAAGAAAAUGACGAGGAACAGUUACUUUAUAGGGUUCCAAUCUUUGACCCAUUUGUCGCAGAGUUAUGCGCGCCAACUGUAUCCAAUGAAGCAGAAACAAUAAUUGCUGAUCGAACAGUUGGUGAUGUUAAUGGAGUCGAAUCGAAAACUCCUUCUUUAGGUUGUGAUGUUGGUCAAAGCUUACAUGGUUGCGGGAUUAUGCCGUCCGAUAUGGACCUUGCAGAGUUUUCUGCUGAUGUGGAGAGUCUGCUUGGUAGAGGUCUUGAAAAUGAGUCGUUUGGUAUGGAGGAAUUAGGACUUAUGGAUUGUAAAGAAGAAGAGUAUUCUUUAGGAAAGGUGAAGGUUGAAGAAGAAAAGGAAGAAGAAGAAGAAGAUGAUGAUGAUGUAAGGGAAUGCCAGGUUCAUACUGAAAUUGAUAUGGCAAGAGAACCGCCUUUUGAGUUUAGCUUUGACUAUGAUUCAACAACUUGUGGAGACGAUGAUGAGAAAGUGGAAUUGAAGAAGAAUGGAGAAUUAGAAGGUGAUGAUGAUGAAAAACUUAAUAAAAAAAAAAAAAGAAAGAUACUAUUGAGGUUAGAUUAUGAGGCAGUUAUUACUGCUUGGGCAAGUCAAGGCUCUCCUUGGAUUACCGGAAACCAGCCGGAUAUCAAUCCGGACGACUGUUGGCUGGACUGCAUGGGAAUUUAUGGGGCAGAAGUACUUCACCAUUCUUACGGAGAUCAUAACGGCGGUAUAGGGAUACAGCCGGCAAUGACUGACGGAGGGCGAGAAGCGAGAGUGUCGAGGUAUAGAGAGAAGAGAAGAACAAGAUUGUUUUCAAAGAAAAUAAGAUAUGAGGUGAGGAAAUUGAAUGCAGAGAAAAGGCCAAGAAUGAAAGGAAGGUUUGUUAAAAGGGCAAAUUUUGCAGCUCCUGUUUUUCCUUUGCAUUCCAAGUAAUUGCUAAUUAAUUACAAGGUUGAAUUUACUAUUUUUUUUAUCUCCCAAAAAAAAAAAAAAAAAAAAAAAAAAAAAAAAAAA